UGUUAUUUUCCUGGGUCUUUUCUUCCGGCCGAUAUCUCUCGCAGUUCACAUUUCGCUCCGCUUUUGUCAGUAAUCCGGUUAUUUCUGUACUAAAUCAGCUCUAACUUGGCGUCAAAAUGCUCACCACACUUACCAAACAGCUCAAGAGUCACCCAGCUCUGAUCCCCCUUUUGUUCUUCAUCGGAGGAGGGGCAGCCAUGUCCAUGAUGUACCUCGCUCGUCUGGCCAUUAGAAACCCUGAUGUCUGCUGGGAUCGCAAGAACAACCCAGAGCCCUGGAACAAGAUGGCCCCAACUGAUCAGUACAAGUUUUAUAGAAUUAACCUCGACUACAGCAAGCUGAAGAAGGAAGGCCCUGACUUCUAAAGAUCACAUCUGCUGGACCAAAAAGCACAAAGAUGGGCUGAACCGCACAGACCCAUUUUGAACUUCCUCCUCCUGGGAACCGGAGGGAGGCAGAGGCUAAACCCCCACACAAUGAUUCACAUUUAAGUUUCCUCAUUGCAUACUGUUGGCAUUUGGAAACCAUAUCUCUCUUAUUUCUCAUUUCCAAUGAUCGUCAAUAAAGUGAAGGAGACGUUUCUCCUCCAUACAGAGAAAAGAA